AUGGAACUAUAUCGGUUCGGAGCAGCUGCCUGGUGUGCUGCUUCGAAGUUCAACACAAUUCCACCGGGCUUAAUGGGGCCCCUAUUUCGUGCAGGCGACGCGGUGCUGCGACAGUUUGAUGAGCCGUUUCUCCACACCCUCUUGCAUCUGAACGGCAAAGGAUGCCGUGAUCCUCGAGACAAGAUAUACGGUGCUCUCGGACUCGCCCCCGCUCUAGUUGCCGACAAGAUCGUACCCGAUUACAACAAAAGUACAGAAGAGGUAUACACAGAUGCGGUUGUGGCGUUGUGCGAGGCUACCGGCCGCAUCGACUUUUUGCUUGCGUGCGACCUUGUGAAUCGUUCAUUACCGGGCCCUACGUGGGUACCGGAUUGGUCUGUGGCACAAAGAUUGAGUCCUCGUUGGCUCCUGAGUACAACAUUGGCCAGCAGUAUUUCGGUUUCGACAGCAGAACUCACCAAUACGCCAAAACCUACACUUCUUGUGCAGGGCGUCGAAUGCGGAACGAUCUCUUCCGUGAGAUUAAGAGCACCUGAGCAUGAUGAUAACUUGGAAAGUCUGGAGCCCGUCAUCAGGUCUUGGGCCCCGGAAUGCGUCGAGAAUGAAAUGUAUAUCAACAAGAAAGAGAGCCUUCUGGAUGCGUUCGUGAAAACGGUCCACUGGAACACACUCCGUGAGCGGUGCCCUUUAGACAACGCGACCUUGACACUGGACGAUGCAACAGAAGCUAUUAGGGAGAUUUUGUGCGCUCCGAACAAGCAGAAGGCAACUGAUAAUCGUCCUGAUCCAGGCAAACGUUCAUACAAAUCCCGAUACAGAGAAGCUCUUGGAAGAGUCUAUAUCGAGUUGAACAGUGGAUACAUGGGAAUGACUUCUGCCGAACCUGAAGAAUUGGACAUUGUCUGUGUGAUCCUCGGAUGUCCCCUACCUAUGAUCUUACGCCCCCACAGCUCUGGCCGCUACCAAGUCGUUGGACCAGCCUACAUCCACGGCCUGAUGGAUGCAGAAGGUGUACUGGGUUCACUUCCUCAAAGCGUUGUUGUGCAAGUCGGAGCUUCGUCAGGAUGGUAUGGUGGAGUCACUUUCCGCAAUCUUGCAACCAACGAGACAGUCAGCGAGGAUCCUCGGCUGGGAGAAGUCCCUUCUUCGUGGGUGCGAAUCAAGGCAGACCGAACUCCGAACGACCCGUUACACUUUGUCAGGUUCCGCGAUUUGGCCACAGGAAAGACAAUAAAUGGAGAUCCAAGGCUAUUGCCAGAUCACCUCAGAGCCCGUGGUGUGCCAUUGAAACCGCUCAAACUUGUGUAA